GUAGACGUUGUAGUGGAAGGUACUCUAAUUUUUCGCUCUCCGUUUAUUACACAGCAGUGACAGCGCCGCCCGCCAUGCCUCUUGAGGAGACCAAAUCUUACCCGCUGGCGCCACGCCGCAAGAUCUCGAGGACCCAAGAGAGAGAGUUCCGCGAGUUAUUCCGACUGUUCGACAAGGACGGCGACGGGACCAUCACUAAGCAAGAGCUUGGACGCGUCAUGCGCAGCCUCGGGCAGUUCGCCACCACCGAGGAGCUCAACAGCAUGCUUGACGAGAUCGAUAUUGAUGGAGAUGGAACGUUUUCGUUCAACGAGUUCGUGGAGAUAGUGUGUAAUAUGGGAGGCCAUGGCGAGCGAUCGCGAGAAGAUGAGGAGAAAGAACUGAGGGACGCGUUCAAGAUCUUCGACAAGCACGGGCGCGGUUACAUCUGCGCGAGCGACCUACGCGCGGUGCUGCGUUGUCUGGGCGAGGAUUUGGACGAGGAUGACAUUGAGGACAUGAUUCGUGAAGUCGAUAUUGACGGCGACGGCAGGAUAGACUUUGAAGAGUUCGUGAAGGCGGUGGGUGAAGGCAAUGAUUCAGACGAAGAAGAGGACCAAGCAAGCGUCUCCUCAUCCCCACCAAACGUUCCCCAAAUUUAAACCCACCACUCCCAAAACGUUCCCCACAUGAACUGUCCGGACGGUCACCAGGACUGCUUAUUACUCGAGCGGAUGUCGAUGUUGCAGGUCAUGGUAUGCGGCACAUCGGGCUCGUCAUCAACUCCCAAGUUUA